UCCCAGGGUAUCGCGAGAACUGCUUCGGCGUUCUGGCUACAGGUUCGGGGCGCGGGUCUCUUCCGCGGAAACUGACAUUGCGUUUCCGUUGUCGGCCUCCCACUGCAGGAGCCAUAUAUUGAAGACCAUGUCUGGGAGCUUCUACUUUGUAAUUGUUGGCCACCAUGAUAAUCCAGUUUUUGAAAUGGAGUUUUUGCCAGCUGGGAAGGCAGAAUCCAAAGACGACCAUCGUCAUCUGAACCAGUUCAUAGCUCAUGCUGCUCUCGACCUCGUAGAUGAGAACAUGUGGCUAUCGAACAACAUGUACUUGAAAACUGUGGACAAGUUCAACGAGUGGUUUGUGUCGGCAUUUGUCACUGCGGGGCAUAUCCUUACCUUCUUAGUAAAGGUAACUAACUAAAGUUUGGGCUCACAAACCAGAAGAACAUGGAACAUAGAUGCCAGGCUCUGAGUCUGUAGACUUCACAGUCAGGUGAAAAUGUAAGUUUCCAUUUAUGGGGCUACUUUUCUUUUUUUAGGGGGGAAAAACAUUUUGUUUAAUAGCUAAUUUUAAAACUAAGUCUCAUACACAAAAAGAGUUUAUCUGGACCCUAUCAAGGGUGAUUUUACUUUAUUUUAUAGUUAUUUUCUAACUUUGAAAGCUUAUGUUCUCUUUAUGAUAAAACUAAGCUAAUUUUAAACCCCGUUUAUAUAUUCAACUUUUCCAUCACAAAUACACUGCAUGUGACUAAUUUGAAGAAUACUGUAUCAACGAACUGGUUGCUUUUUGUUUUUCAUUUCUAAGAAAGAUUAUGCCUUAAUUAUUUCACAUAUGAGGUUUAUUAUGCUUCAUGACAUAAGACAAGAAGAUGGAAUAAAGAACUUCUUUACUGAUGUUUAUGAUUUAUAUAUAAAGUUUUCAAUGAAUCCAUUUUAUGAACCCAAUUCUCCUAUUCGAUCAAGUGCAUUUGACAGAAAAGUUCAGUUUCUUGGGAAGAAACACCUUUUAAGCUGAAUGCAGAAAAUUCCAAAAUAAAUGAUGUCACCACAAUGGUGUAUACUCAGGAAUGUGUACAUUGUAAGUUACUUGAUUAAAUAGCCUGGAAAACUUUUGUGUAUUCUCAGCUUAUCUAAACCUAAUGAAAUUCCUUUUAUAUUUAAAAAUAGUACAUUCUGUCUCAUGUCACGUAUCAAUAGAUCAAUUGGUAUUUCCUUGUGAACAGUGUUAUUUAUAAAGAGUUCAUUAUCAAUAAUCAUGUUUUUUUUUUUUUUUUUCUGAUACAGAGUCUCACUCUGUUGCCAGGCUGGAGUGCAGUGGCGCAAUCUUGGCUCACUGCAACCUCCGCCUCCCAGGUUCAGGCGAUUCUCCUGCCUCAGCCUCCAAGUAGCUGGGACUACAGGCGCGUGCCACCACGCCCGGCUAAUUUUUGUAUUUUUAGUAGAGACAGGGUUUCACCAUAUUGGUCAGGCUGGUCUUGAACUCCUGACCUCGUGAUCUGCCCGCCUUGGCCUCCCAAAGUACCGGGAUUACAGGCGUGAGCCACCGUGCCCAACCAUGAAAUAUUUUUACUUAAAAAUUGGGAAUAAGCUCGCUUUUUUUUUUUUUUGAGAUGGAGUCUUGCUCCUGUUGUGCAGGCUGAGUAGAGACAGGGUUUCACCAUAUUGGUCAGGCUGGUCUUGAACUCCUGACCUCGUGAUCCACCCACCUCAGCAAGUGCUGGGAUUACAGGCGUGAGCCACCACGCCCGGCCAUGGAAUAUUUUUACUUAAAAAUUGGGAAUAAGCUUUUUGGUUUUUUGUGGGUUUUUUUUUUUUUUUGAGAUGGAGUCUUGCUCCUGUCGUGCAGGCUGGAGUGCAGUGGCACAGCCUUGGCUCACUGCAACCUCCACCUCCUGGGUUCAAGCAAUUCUCCUUCUUCAGCCUCCCGAGUAGCUGGGAUUACAGGCGUGCACCACCACACCUGGCUAAUUUUUGUGUUUUUAGUAGAGACGGGGUUUCGCUAUUUUGGCCGGGCUGGUUUCAAACUCCUGACCUCAGUUGAUCCACCCGCCUCAGCCUCCCAAAGUGCUAGGAUUACAGGCAUGAACCACCGUGCCCGGCCAGGAAUAAGCUUUUGACUUGCCCAAUUCAGAUAGGUUGAUCUUUGGGGUUUUUUUUUUUUUUUUUUGAGAUGGAGUUUCGCUCUGUUGUCCAGGCUGGAGUGCAAUGGCAGUUGUUUCACCGUAACCUCUGCCUCCUGACUUCAAGCAGUUCUCCUGCCUCAGCCUCCCAAAGUGCUGGGAUUACAGGUGUGAGCCACCGUGCCCGGCCCAGAUAGGUUGAUCUUAAUGUAACAACCCAAAAAUAAAUGUCAUAGUCAAGAUUUGGUAGAUAAAUUUAAAAUUAAAAUAUUCUGCAGUUGGGAGUGAAAUGUGAUAGCACAUACGUUGACAUUAUGCAUUUAGAGAUGUUAUAAAAAUGUAUAGGCAGUAUACACAGCACUACUCAAGAAGCCAAAGAAACACUUGUGCAGUGCUAAGUGUCACAUGUCUGCUUCCACCAGAGGCUAGGAAUAGUGAUCCUGCUAUAAUGUGAGAACCCAAAUCAUGUUUAUAAAAUAGGAGGCUGGGAGCAGUUGCAGGCCACAGUGAAGUGUGUUGCUUCUGUCACUUUAUAUUCUUAUAUUUCCUUUCCCUCAGACAGUAAACUGUUGAUACUCGUACUUGUAAAAAAUUGUAAGGCAAUUUUUAGUAUUGUUGUCAAAGAAAAGCUUGGAUUACAUUAACAUUUGUAUUCAGCCUUUUAGGUGAUACACCAGAGGGGGCUGGGAAUUGUCUCUUUGUUCCUAUAAGUAGAUCUUAAUGUAAAAUAGUAAAUGUCCAUUGAAAAGCAAGUAAUACAGCCUGUGCUAAUUGGGAGCACUUGAACAAUUUUGUUCCAUUCUGAAUAACUUUUGAGCAAGUAAUUCUAAGCUUUGUCUUGUAUCCUUGUGUGAAAUUGCAUAAUUUUUACCCUAUUUGAUUUCUUAAAUAAAGAUGUUUGCUCAA